AUGACGGCCGAGAAAUUCAAGAACUGGCUCUGUGGGUUGGAUGCGAAAAUGAGAAUCAGUAAGCGGCAGAUCCUACUCCUGACCGACAACUGCCCGGCCCACCCGAAGGACUUGUACUUCCUUACCAACAUCAAGGUGGAGUUUUUGCCGCCCAACACCACAUCACACACUCAGCCCUUGGACAUGGGAAUAAUUAAGGUGCUCAAGCACCGGUACCGCCAAAAGCUUGUCAGGCGUCUCAUCGCCCAGAUGACACGUGGCGAGCCGCUGACACGAAAGGAUUUUAAAAUAAAUAUCGUCCAAGCUAUGCACUGCAUUGUUGCAGGCUGGAAUGAGGUAACUAAGGAAACAAUCCAAAACUGUUUCCGUAAGGCAGGCCUUCUGCCUCCAGGGGAGGCGCCACUUCAGAAGGCUGAACUAGCCGUCGACGCCGAGGAAGAGGAGGAUGCUGCCAUCGACAUGGACGCAGCCCUGGACGCUCCGCCUGGAGCCUACAGCAAGGUCACGGAGCGCUGGGAGGAUGUGCUGCAGGUGUUCGAGGAAACUGGCAUGUCCUUCGAGCAGUACGUCACUGCCGAUGAUUUUACUCCUGUUUGCGAGGUGCAGGACAUCCAGGACAUCAUCGCCACCCUCCGAAAAGAAACUGAGAAAAACGAGGAGGACGUUGACGGUGAAUGGGAAAGUGGAAGUGAUGGUGAAAAUGAAGGUGAGGAUGGGCAGCCUGCUCGGCUUAUCUCGAAGGCCGAAGCCAUGGGGGCACUUGAGCGCUUCCGCCAGUACCUGUCCCAACUGAACGCUCCUGCCGACGAAGUUGAGGACCUGGUGACCCUCACCAGCAAGCUGGAGAACACCACAUUGGGCCUCUCCUCGAGGAACCUCAAGCAAGGCACCCUUGAUAUGUUAUUUAAGAAGCACUAA